AGAACACGGUCAUUCGAUAGCCUGUUGGGUUGCUUAUCGCAUAAGCAGAUGAUGGGCGGUUUUUAGCUCGUCUUACUAUCCUACACAGUGGCUAGCAAGCAGACGCCGAUGACGUAGGGUGGUUGAGGUUGUCGUCAACCAGGUUCCGAGACUCAGACAGACUGGUCUCCAAGCCAUAGUCCACCGUCCAGGUCUUUUGACUCAGUCGCUCUGGAGUCUGUGAGAGACGGGUUUCAGUGUCUUCAGAGUCUACUUCAAACCAACGGCGAAACAUCGAGAUUUAUUGCGACCAAGUGGAUUAUUUAUCAUAUAUUACACCUUGUCCGGGUUUGACUACAAACAAGCGGCUAUUUGAAAGAAAGUAAAGACGAUUUUGGUCGAAGAGAUGGACAACCAACAGAGGAAUAUUUGGGUUCUGGUGACGGGGGCUUCCCGUGGACUAGGGCAGGCCCUCUGUGUGGGCCUAGCUGAGAAAUUCGGUGGUGACUUGAUGCUUGUUGGAAUGGCACGGUCGGAGGAUGGCUUGAAGAAGACGGCAGCCAUGGUUGACGGUGCCAACAAUAAGACCAAGUUCAUCCCCAUCGUGAUGGAUCUCGGCACGGCAGACGCCGAGGGACUCUCCAGCGCUAUGGAGGUGUCUUUCAAAGCCGAAGGUCGCUCAGGAUCUCCCAAACGCGCCCUCAUCAUCCACAACGCAGGCACCCUAGGGCAUCUGAAGUACCUCAGGGACCAGCAGGACCUGGCUCACGCCACCGAGUAUUUUCGGCUUAAUGUCAGCUCCGUGAUAUCGCUGAACGCCAUCUUCUUGGAUUACAUGAGGACCCACCACCCGAAGACAUCGCUGGAGGUGGUCAACAUCUCCUCUCUGUGCGCCCUUCAGCCGUUCAAGUCCUGGGGCCUCUACUGCUCCGGGAAGGCCGCCAGGGACAUGCUGUUCAGGGUCCUUGCAGCGGAGGAGCCCGAUGUCACAGUGUUAAGCUAUGCGCCAGGACCUCUGGAUAAUGAUAUGCAGGCGACCGCUCGGAGCGCCACGGCCGACCAGGAACUUCGCUCGGCCUUCGCCAGCAUGAAGGACGAGGGCAAACUUCUUUCCUGCGAGGAAUCCGUGAGGAAGUUCCUGAGGAUUCUCGACGCGAAGAAGUUCAAGUCGGGAGAUCACGUCGACUACUACGACGAGCUGUAAACUGACCACUAGAGGUCUUCCGAAGUUGCCGACGUCGCGUCGGUUGGAAGAAGUUGUCUCAGUGGUUCAUUUUCUGUUAUCUUUCAGUUUGCUGUCACUGCACUUUGUACCAUAUACAGGCUGGGUAAAUAACUGCUCGUGUGAUUAGGAGCCCGUGCUAGACCAUGGCACGUACAGGUUCACCUUCAAUUUAGCCACUAAUCUUCUCCACAAAGUUGGAGAAUGAAACACCUGAUUACUUCUUUAGUUUACCUGAAGAUAAGGAACCACUUGAACGAAAUUUGACCAUAAAGUAUUCAAUAGCAUCUUUAAUUUAUCUGACAAUUUUGGCCACUUGUUACGUAGUGGGUACAAAUUACCCUAAUCCAUCUUUAAUUUGCUGGUAAUGUUGAUUCGUUAGUGUAAAUGUUGAGUAUAUAAUACAUUAUGCCAUCAUCAGCUUUGCUGAUGAUAGGGGCCCAUUUGGUGCAAAGUUUGUCCUUUAGAGAUGCCAGAAAAUGAUCUGCUGUGACAAUGAGUUAGUGUAGAAGGUGAGAUGCCAAAUGCCAAAGGCUUCUGGGGUUUUGCAGGUUCUCGUGACUGCUUCGUCGAGAUGAUUGCCACAUUAAGUACUAGAAUGUAGUUGCUGACUUAAUGCAGGUACUUUUCAUCCACGUUUUCGUUGAGCUGUGUUUUCAGUGGACUUGGCCUGCUACUUGUCAAUGUCGCGUUUGCCAAAUUAGGUUUUUAAUUUGGAAAAGGGGAAAUUAGUUAGUCAAAUUAUCGUUUUCCGUUCAUGGUCAGAACUAAAGUUAAAAAAAAGCUAUAGACAAUAAUAAGGACGCGAGGAGACUUGAUUUGCAUAGAUAAUGAAGGUCGAAAAAUAAAACUAAAGACAUAAGAACAAGGUGGUAACGUCAUCGCCUUUAGUUUGUGAUCGAAACUUGGAUGAGCACGACAAAGAAAAUAAGAAAAAAAGCCCAUAUAGAUAAUCAAAGCCUUAAUUUUUAUUUUCUUACAUCUCAGGGUCAAAAUGAAACACAGUAGAGGCUUAGUAAUAGUUUUAAUCUUUAGUUAUGCUGUCUUCGUCGAAUAUCGAAGCAUACAACUCAAGAACCUAGGUUAGUGAUAGAUAAACAUGGUAGAAAUGUGAAGAACUUUAUUUUUAAAAAAGGCAACGACUAUAUUUUGAUAGAGAUCUCCUUUUCGCGAGAGGGCAUUGUUGUUAUUUUUGUAAACUAUGUUCUAAUGGGAUGUUUUGAAAUGUUGAGUAGUCUGUCUGCAGACUUUUGCUUAUUGUUUUCAGUUUUAAGCUACAAUUUAUAAUUUCCUUCUUGAAGGGUUGUGCAAAUCUAUGUGAAAUGCAAGAUGCCAAAUUAUAUGCAAAUGCAACUUAUCAUUUUCUUCUUGAAGGGUUGUGCAAAUCCAUGUGAAAUGCAAGAUACCAAAUUAUAUGCAAAUGAUUUCUGUACUUUCCUUUA